AUGGCUCGCCUAGAUUUCAAAGCCAUUAGGCGCGCUAAUUGGCUGCGGACCUGGGCCAGGACACCUGCGAGCAACGCAAAACCCCUUGGACAGCCAGAGCACCACUCUCCUAAGGUAUCCUCCACCAUGUUCGGCGGCGGGCGAGCCCACCCACAAGAUUACGACGACGGGCCAUACGGCGGCAGGCCCAUGGGCAGUGGCCACCAGCCGACCCGUCCAGUCGACAAGGACAAGACUGAGGCUGAGCUCAGCCUUAACAUUAAGAAGGCGACAAGCCCAGAAGAGACGGCGCCGAAGCAGAAACAUGUGCGAAAGUGCAUCGUGUACACUUGGGACUACCACUCGUCGCUGAGCGUAUGGAACGGCCUGCGCACCCAGCCCAUCCUCACGGACGAGGUGCAGACGUUCAAGGCGCUCAUCCUCGUGCACAAGGUGCUGCAAGAGGGCCACCCUGUUACCCUCAAGGAGGCGCACGCGCAAACCGGCUGGCUAGAGACAUGCGGUCGCACGGUCGGCGGCGACGGGCAGAAGGGCUACGGCGCCCUCAUCCGCGCGUACACGUCGUUCCUGCUUGCCAAGCUGCGCUUCCACAGGCACCACCCCGAGUUCAAUGGCUUAUUCGAGUACGAGGAGUACAUCUCUCUCAAGAACAUUGACGACCCCAACGAGGGCUAUGAGACCAUCACCGACCUCAUGCAGCUGCAGGACCAGAUUGACUCGUUCCAGAAGCUCAUCUUUGCUCACUUCCGCGGGUCCAACAACAACGAGUGCCGCAUUUCGGCUCUCGUCCCGCUCGUCAAGGAGUCAUUUGGCAUCUACAAGUUUAUAACCUCGAUGAUGCGCGCCAUGUACCGCCGCACCGACGCUAGCGACGUGCUCCAGCCCCUGAUGGAGCGUUACAACUCGCAGCACCACCACCUGCGCCGCUUCUACUAUGAAUGUUCCAACCUCAAGUACCUUACGGGUCUCAUCAACGUGCCCAAGCUCGGUCAGGAGCCACCCAACCUCAUGAUCGCGGACCAUGGCGAUGCUCCCGACUUGCCUCGCCGGCCCAACCCCGACCGCAAGGCGACGCCGAAGGAGUUGCCUCCGCAGACCGACAUGCCGUCGGCGAGCCAGGCGGAGAUCGAGGAGCAGCGCCGCAUGCUGGAAGAGUAUGAGAACAAGCAGAACGACCUCCUCAAGCAGCGCGAGAACGAAGAGCGACGCCAGCGGGAGGAGAAGGAGCGACAGGAGCGCGAGUUUGCGGAGGCGCAGCGGCUUCAGAAGGAACGCGAGGAGGAGGCCCAGCGCGAACUCCAGCAGCAGCUCAUGAGUCAGCAGAUGAACCAGCAGUGGCAGAGCCAGAACGCUGGCCAGUUGGCCGAGCUCCAGCACCAGAUGCUCUCGGCGCGUGGCCAGUACGAGCGCGACCAGAUGAUGCUCGAGCAGUACGACCGCCGCGUCAAGUCUCUCGAGAGCGAGCUCGCCAUGGUCGGCGCCAAUGUUGGAGCCCAGAUAAACGCCAAGGACGAGCUUAUUGCGCAGCUCCAGAAGCAGAUCGAGCUUUGGAAGAACAAGUGGGAGUCAAUCUCCAAACUCUACGCGAAACUGCGUGCCGAGCACCUCGACCUUCUCAGCAAGAGCAAGGGCUUCCAGCUCAAGGCCAACUCGGCGCAGGAGGCAAUCGACAAGAUGGAGCGCAUGGAGCGCGACGUCAAGGCCAAGAACCUAGAAUUGGCUGACAUGAUUCGCGAGCGCGAGAAGGCACGCUAUGACCUCGACCGCGCGCGCUCCUCCCACAAGGAGGAGAUGGACCGCGUCAAGCGCGACCUGUCGUUCGCCAACGAGCGUGCCGAGGACGCGUCGCGGCACAAGAGCACCGAGGUGCGCGACAUUAUGGCCAAGUACAACCGCCAGCUUAACGAGCUCGAGGACACUGUGCGCUCCAAGCAGAUGCAGAUCGACAACCUGCUCGUCAAAGAGCACGACCGCGACGACGACGCCCACCGCCAGCUCGAGGAGAAGGAGGCCGAGCUGCUUGUGCUCCAGGAGGCCAUGGACCAGAACAUCCAGGAGCUCCAGGAGCUCAAGCUCACUCAGGGCGAGACGUCCAACACGUUCGACGCCCAGGUCGAUACCCUCAUCCUCGACCACCGCAAGGAGCUCAACGCUAUCAUCGACUCGAUCCUUCAGGCGUGCGUGCACAAGGUCGAUGACGCCAUUUACGAGCUCGAGGCUCCGACGCACCUCGGCAACACGACUGCAACGGCGCCCUACACGCAGUCGAUCAUCGAGAAGGCCAUGUCGAACGCGACCGAGUUCACCUCGACUUUCAACCUCUACCUCGGGCGCAAGAGCGGCUACGUUGACGUUAUCAAGACUGCCAACGAGUUUGCGCAGAGCAUGUCCGAGACGCUCGUGUCGAGCAAGGGCAUCACGCGUCUUGCUGAGAACGAAGAGAAGUCUGACAAGUUGGUGCAGGUCGCGAAGCGGUCUGGUGACGUCGCGCAGCGCCUCUUCCUUAACCUCCAGAGCUACAAGCUCGUGAGUGGGAACAAGGAGGAGGUUGUGCUGCGCAACAACGCCGAGGUGCGCAAUGCGCUCUCCUCGCUCUCCGAGACGAUCGAGCGUGUCGUCCCAAAGUCGAAGAGCAGCCUCACUCACGUCAACGGCGACCUGGGCGACAUCGUUGCCAGCGAAAUGGAGGCCGCUGCGCGUGCGAUCGCUCAGGCGACCGAGCGCAUCGCGCAGCUCAAGGCGCAGCCGCACGACAAGUUCUCGGCGCUCGACCGGCCCGUGCACGAUGCCAUCCUUGACGCCGCGGCCGCGGUCGCAAACGCGAUCGGGCGGCUUAUCCAGGCGGCUACGGCGUCGCAGGAGGAGAUUGUGCGCGAGGGCAAGGGCACGAGCUCGACGACCCAGUUCUACAAGCGCAACCACCGCUGGACAGAGGGCCUCAUCUCGGCGGCCAAAGCCGUUGCGUACGCAACCGGUCUGCUGAUUGAGAGCGCCGACGGUGUGAUCAGCGGCACGCACAACUUCGAGCAGCUGAUUGUGGCCUCGAACGAGGUUGCGGCCAGCACUGCGCAGCUCGUCGCGGCAUCGCGCGUGAAGGCCAACCUCAUGUCGCGCGCACAGCAGAACCUCGAGCUGGCCUCUAAAGCCGUUACGGACGCCUGCAAGGCCCUCGUGCGCCAGGUCAAGGUUGUCUCGAACCAGGCCGAGGCCGACGACAUGGUCAAUUAUGCGGCAAUGGCAUCGCACGAGUUCAAGACCCGCGAGAUGGAGCAGCAGGUCGAGAUUCUUACGCUUGAAAAGAAGCUCGGCGCCGCUCGCAGGCGUCUGGGCGAGAUGCGCCGCGCCGGAUACCACCAGGAGGACGACUGA